UUGUUUACGCCAUAAGAACGCGACUCGUGUUUUUGUUUUUCUUAUUUGACCCUCGGAUUGUAAACGUGACUCCCCACUUUUAAUGUUUUUAAUGGUUUUUUUUUGUUUGUUUGUAAAACUAGUUUCUGUAAAAAAAAAAAAAAAGUAAAGAUGCGGAUAUUUUAAACCAAUCGACGCAAAUGGUGGACAAGAAGGAAUCUAAAAAAGAGACGAGGUUUUAAAAAUGGCUGAGACAGGUUGGUGUGAAGUGUUCCAGGACAACAUGGGAAGCCGAGAGAGAUUUUAAAAGCUAAAAAAAAGUGUUAAAUUCUUUAUUGUUUUCUUUCCCGUGGUGACUGGUAUGUUGGAGAAAGUGCAGAGUCAGGAGAUGUGUGUGUGCUCCAGUUCCCUGUUCACACAUCAGACUGGAUAGGAUUAAAAAUAUAUUUAGAAAAAUCUUUCCAGUCAUUACAGUCAUGCACCUGUAGAGGGAGCCACGCAUUCUGCACUUCUUCUAAACCUUUCUCGUAUCUGAUUUGCUCCAUGAGACAGGAUCGCAUGUUUGAGAGUCUAUGCCACACUCUGUUUAUUUCCGAUUAGAUUCCGUGGAAUCUUUAAUUGACGUCCUUCCAUAUAUGUUUUAUCUCGGCCUGUUCUUUGUGAACGUCCUCAUCCUGUACUACGCCUUUCUCAUGGAGUACAUAGUGCUUAACGUGGGAAUCGUGUUCCUGCCUGAGGACAUGGACCAGGCUCUGGUGGAUCUGGGAGUCCUUUCAGACCCGGCGUCCGUCCCAUACGAGACAGACUCGGAGUUCGACGUGUUAGAGGGAUACCUGGAAUAGGCGGUACUGAGGGACAGGACAUGGCUCGGGUCGUGAGCCAGGUGUGUAGUGCAGAGAUGGUGUUGUGGGCAACACAGCCCGGGACUGAAGCGAUGAUGAUGAGGAUGAUGGUGAUGGAAAUUGCAAUUACGAUGGCUGUAGCUGUGAAAAAAAUUGUGCCUUGGUCAUUACACGAAAGAAACCUGCGCAUUAAUCAGAACGCACAUGACUCGAGAAAGCUACAGGUUUACCUCCGACUCUAACAAAGUGCUGACGCUGGAGACUCCUUCCAUACACAUUCGAUAAACGUACAAGAAAACAUCGCCGCCAUGUCAACCAUCACGUGUGUCUCUUCAGGUUGUCCAGGUGUGCAGGCCUCCUGUUUAGGUGAACUUUUCCCAGGGACGAGCCAAGCAGGAUGUCUGCGCCAUAUGGAUCGCGUCAGACGUGACAUCAUCGCCUUCACCGUGGCUCUCUGAUCACUUCCUGCUUAGUUUUAGACUUAUGAUUUGUUCAAACUGCUGAGAUUCACGUCCAGUUUACGGCCACUGCAUUUCAUCAUUUAUUAUUAUAAUUAUUAUUGUUAAUAUUUUUUAAUAAAAUAACUUACUAAAGCACUUAACAUUCAACACUUUCAUUUUCUCCAGAAAUGUCUGACUGAUUUCUGCAUGUUUUUAGUUUGAUUUUAAUGCUGUAGAUUAGAUGACUCAGGUGAGCGAUACCUCUCCAAGACCGACACAGAUGUUCUCUCAGUGUUUCUGCUGCUUUUGAAGAGUGUGAAAGCUUCACGCUCGCGACUGUACGAGCUGGAAAAAAGUGCAUUUGAUCCAAUCAAUGGAUUUCAGAUACAAACCCUAUAUUAUAUAUAAAUAUA